AUGGACGACAGCAAACCUCGAGAGCCACAGGAGCUCUACAUCUUGGUGACUGGUGCAAACAGCGGUCUUGGCUUUUCGAUAUGCUGUCGCCUUGCCGAUGAAUUCCUUUCCUCGCAUCACUACGAUGACUCCCUCACGAUUAUCUUUACUACCCGGAGUGCACGCAAAGCCGAAGAUACCCGCCAUCGUCUGGAAGCGCACCUACAAUCCUCGACCUCCUCGUCCAACGCCGCACGAGUGAAGUUCGUCUCCGAGAGCGUCGACCUAGGCGAUCUCCUCUCUGCGCGCGCCCUCUCCCGCCGACUCCUACAGACAUUCCCCAAACUCGAUGCGAUUAUCCUGAAUGCCGGAAUUGGCGGUUGGUGUGGAAUUGGCUGGCUCGAGGCUAUCUGGGGUAUUCUCACCGAUCUCAUUUCCCAGGUGACAUGGCCGACAUUCAAGCUAGCGCACGUCGGAGUUUUGACGGACAGGCAGACGGAGAAGGAGGAGGAGCCAGUUCUAGGAAACGUGUUCUGCUCAAACGUGUUUGGGCAUUACAUGCUGGCGCAUAACGUGGCACCGCUCUUGAAGAAGGCCAACUCUCCCAAUGGACCCGGUCGCGUCGUCUGGGUAUCCAGUAUCGAGGGGACUAUCAAUUUUUUCAACAUCGAUGAUAUCCAGGGUCUGAAAAGCAAGAACCCCUACGAGUCCUCCAAGGCUCUAACCGAUAUUCUCGCCCUGACCUCCGAUCAACCCUAUACCGCCCCGUGGGCCGUGGAUAGCUUCCUGUCCAACGACCAGACCGACGAAAAGGAUCAAGUCACUGAGGAAAACACCCCAACCAUGUAUGUCUCCCACCCGGGAAUCUGCGCAACCUCCAUUGUCCCGCUCGCGCUCCCGCUGGUCUGGGGGAUGGUGGCUGCCUUUUGGCUCGCGCGCAUGCUCGGCUCCCCCUGGCACAGUAUGUCCACCUACACGGGCGCCUGGUCACCCGUGUUCCUCGCUUUGUCCUCGCAAGGCGCGCUCGACGCCGCCGAAUCUCCGUACCGAGAGUCCGGCGGUGGCCGGGUGAAAUGGGGAUCCUCUGCGAACCGGCUUGGCGUCGGGAAUGUGUGCAGUACCGAGGUGGAUGGGUGGGGACACGGCGGUGUUGUCGGUAGGGCUGUUGUUGAGUCGGAUCGGAAUCGUCGGCGGAAGCGUGGCGUGGUUGAUUUAACUGCUGAGGCCAAGGGGAAUUUCGAGGAGCUCGGUCGCCAGUGUUGGAAGCAGAUGGAGGAGCUACGGAUUAAGUGGGAUGCUAUCUUGGAUCGAGCUGAGAAGGACAAGGGUGCGGCUGUGGCUGCGGCUGAGACUUGA